GAACUGUCUACUGUCUAUGAUCAAUGAUGUGAUUCUGUGAUUCUAUGAUUGAAGAUUUUCUUAGUAAUUUUCUUCAAUUAAUUGGUGAAUUUUGUUUAAUAUUUUAUAAAAUAUCUAAAAAAUCAUGGCUAACGACGAUGUAGUGCUGAAGCAAUAUCUAUCUAAAUACAAACACCGUGACUACACGGCUCGGGAAGUUGUUAAUUUGAUUCAAGCGUACAGAAGUUUGACCUAUCGUCUAGAAGCCUUUGUGUUCAAUAACGGCGCCCGAAAAGACUUAUUAAACCUCGAAGGUACCAUCCCCGUGAACUAUAAAGGAGCCUACUACAACAUACCCGUUUGUAUCUGGCUAAUGGACACUCAUCCGCAAAAUGCGCCGCUGUGUUUCGUCAAACCCACGUCAGACAUGUCUAUCAAAGUCUCAAAAUAUGUAGACAGCAAUGGAAAAGUGUAUCUGCCGUAUCUACACGAGUGGACACAGAACGGCUCCACCCUACAGAAGCUUAUUCAAUGUAUGAUCUCUGCUUUUGGAGAACUGCCACCAGUUUACUCGAAGCCCCGCAACGAAACUAGAGCUCCUUACCCUGUAAAUUCUUUUAUGCCACAGCCUACCGGCUACCCAUUCCCACAAGGAGCUCCUCAACCAGGGUAUCCCACACCAGCACCUUAUCCAACAACAUCAAAUUUACCUUAUCCAGGUUAUGGCGCGCCAUAUCCUGGUUCUGUCAGUAGCAAUGGUUUGCCAUAUCCACCUUCUUCAUCAGCUACACCUUAUCCUCCUGCAUCAGGCUACCCAGGCCCCACUGUAACAGCAGAUGUGGCGGGUGGUACCAUCACAGAAGAACACAUUAAAGCCUCACUGCUGUCUGCAGUGGAAGAUAAACUACGAAGGAGGCUGAAGGAACAGUCUCUACAGUCUCAAGCAGAAUUAGAAACUCUUAGAAGAACACAGCAGGAGCUUCGUGAGGGUAAAGCCCGUCUUGAAGAGAUUCUUUCAAGGCUGCAAAGGGAGAGGGCUGAAUUAGACAAAAAUGUAACAAUCUUGCAAGAGAAGGAGAAAGAAUUACACACUGCUAUUGAACGCUUGGAAGAACAAGAAGGCAUUGAUGUGGAUGAAGCUGUUGUGACCACUGCUCCUCUGUACUCACAACUCCUAAAUGCUUUUGCUGAAGAAGCUACUUUGGAAGAUGCAAUCUAUUAUAUGGGAGAGGCACUGCGGAAGGAAGUGAUUGAUCUGGACACAUUCUUGAAGCAGGUCCGUACUCUAGCUCGUCGGCAGUUCACUCUGCGUGCUCUGAUGCACAAGUGUCGGCAGAAGGCUCAGUUGGCGUGCUAAUAGUGGCGUCGUUUCUGGCAAUGUUCCCUUAAGACUUUGCCAGAAAUGAAAUACUCUGUGAUUUGUUUGUAAAUGGUUAUGAGUCAUACUCGGAUGAUGUUGCAUCAUUUUGUGGUGGACUGACAGUGUCAGUUGAGGCUAAUGCCUGCAAAACUGUUAACUUGUUAAAACUUCCUGUGUCUAUAUAUCAUAAUACAUAUUGGCUUUGAAUCCUGUAUAUGACAUGUAGAACAUGCUAUGUUACUUGUAACUUUUUAUAUAGAGGCCCCACUCAAGCACUGUAUCCCAUGCAAUAAGGGUGAAUAUAAUUAUUAUUGUCUACAGUAUAUAGUCUUUAGCCUUAAAAUUGCAUAAUUUCUAUGACAAAAGUAUGUUGAAGAAUAAAAUGUAAAUAUAAUAUCAAACAAUUAUUGUCUUUGAAAUCUGUUUUAUUAGAAUAUGUUAUGUAGAAUUUAGGCCAUAUUAACUCGUCGAGUACCAUCAUUAUAGACACAAUUAUAGAACAAUAGGUUGCGGUCACCAGUGACCGCUUGGUGUUUGACAGUUUAAAUUAAAAUUAUAGAACUAUUAAAAUUAAAGCUAAAUCCUCAUGGGUUGAGAAGUUUUAAGUUCCGUACUAUACUUGAGGAAUUGGAUUUGAUCUCUACAUUAAAAAAGCAAUUUGGGCUUCUUCAUAUUGGUUUGAAAAUAUUUAUAUAUUAUAGGUUGCUUGAUAAUACUGUGAGAUUAGUUGCAUAAAUGAAAAUUGGAUAAUAAGUGCAUACAGCAAACAUAAUGUUGCAAACAAACAAACAAUGUUAUGUUUUCAACAAAUAAAACCACUAUGUUGCAUCACAUUACAUUUUUAUUGUAUUGCUUUAUCUUCUAAGAGUCAGUGACUCAUUUGUAACUAGGAUACUUAUAUAUGAUAACAAAACUCAUUUCAUUAAAGUGCAUUGUAUCAAGUUAGUCUAUUUUGCACUAUGUGUCUAGAAAAUAUGCAUUUAUUAUGUAAUCUUAAAGUAGGUGACUGUCAUUAUAAACAGUUUGGGUUACAUGUUAUCAAUAUUGUAAUUAGUAUAUUAAAAUAUUGUAAUAUAAUUAUUCAAAGCUUUCGACCCAUAUCCUAUUAUCUUAAUCAUCAUUUAUUAAGCUUAUCUUUGAAAAUCAUUAAGUUUGGAAGGACAUAUUUGAGAAUUGUGUGAUGAUAAAUUCGUCUCUAGGAUCUGUAAACUGGCAAA